AUAGAUAGCAUUGGAUGCGCAACCCGACCUCUUUCUUCUGACCGUGGCGAACUUGACUUUGGCGAAAACCACUUCACGUACAACCUACAACUCUCUUCGCGUGGCUCUUCAGACAAGCUCAACAUCAUGGCUACUGCUCAGGAACACAACGCUAUCAACAGCGGACUCGGCGACACCGUCAAUGGCGGAACUACCUCCACUGCCGACCACGCGACUGGUCUGCAGAAGCAGCGCAAGCCGUAUGACUACGGCGGCAAUCCACUUGCCCAUGUGAACACCGGCGAGUCGGUGCGCUUGCAGGCAUUCGGUGGUGAACUGCAACCUGGUCUCUACAAGUCGACCGAGAAGCGCAAAUUCGCCAACCCGGCUCCCCUCGGCCUGUCGGCAUUCGCGCUCACCACCUUUGUGCUCUCCAUCAUCAACUUGGGUACUGAUGGUCUCAGCAAGCCGAACAUUGUUGUCGGUGCUGCAUUUGCUUACGGUGGUCUCGUUCAGCUUUUGGCUGGCAUGUGGGAAAUGGCUAUCGGCAACACCUUCGGUGCAACUGCGCUCUCAUCUUACGGUGGUUUCUGGAUCGGUACUGCUAUCAUCCUGACUCCCGGUGGUUUCGAGAUCGAGGAGCUCCAGGGGUCCCAAUUUUUGACUGCUUUCGGAAUUUACUUGAUGGGCUGGUUCAUCUUCACCUUCUUACUCCUGAUUCUGACACUGAAGUCCACGGUCGCAUUCUUCUUCCUCUUCUUCACACUCGACUUGGCCUUCCUAUGCUUGGGAGUCGGAUACUUGAACCCGACAUACAAUGCUGGCGCGACAACCCCCAACAUGGCCCUGAUCCGUGCCGGAGGCGCUUUUGGUAUCUUGGCCGCCUUUGCCGCCUGGUAUAACGCCUUUGCCGGUAUGGCAGACCCGAGCAACUCGUUCUUCAUCAUCCCGGUGGCUCACUUCCCCUGGUCCGACGUCGGUCGCGGAAAGCGUGGAAAGGUUGACAACGCCACCGCUCGCGAGCAAGCUAAGGCUGAAGUCUAAGCGGAGAACAUCUCAACGACGGCUGGAACGAGGCUCCGGUCACAGCAACGAUACCCCGACGUUUGUCGAAAACGAAUGUACGAGAUGGAAGAGAUGAUGGACUGAGUUGUAUAGUGUUAUGGAAACAAUGAUAACGUUUGUAUCUUCGGAGCCUAUCGGUGACGUUUGAUUCCGACUGUUCGUGCUCUUGAUCCGGUAGCCCUGGCG